GCACUCAGUACCGGGAUCCAGGACGCGGGCAGGAUGAACCCCGGGCAGGCUGCGGACUAGUCCCGGUGGAGAGCUCGGCGGCCGGGGACACAUGCGGCUGUAAGGCGGCGGCAGCAGGAUGACGGUUCUCCUCCUCGUCCUGCACCUCAGCCUGUUCGGCCUCGUCACAAAGAGCCUGGGCACCGACACCGAGGAGCGGCUGGUGGAAUUCCUGCUGGACCCGUCCCAAUACAACAAGCUGAUCCGUCCCGCCACCAAUGGCUCCGAACAGGUCACCGUCCAGCUGAUGGUAUCCCUGGCACAGCUGAUCAGCGUGCAUGAACGGGAACAGAUAAUGACGACGAAUGUUUGGCUGACUCAGGAGUGGGAGGACUACAGACUCACCUGGAACCCGGCCGAGUUCGACAACAUGAAGAAAGUGCGUCUGCCCUCCAAACACAUCUGGCUGCCGGACGUCGUCCUCUACAACAAUGCUGACGGGAUGUACGAGGUCUCCUUCUACUCUAAUGCGGUGGUCUCCUACGAUGGGAGCAUCUUCUGGCUUCCUCCCGCCAUCUACAAGAGCGCCUGCAAGAUCGAGGUCAAGCAUUUCCCCUUUGACCAGCAGAACUGCACCAUGAAGUUCCGAUCGUGGACAUACGACCGCACCGAGCUCGACCUGGUGCUGAAGAGCGAUGUGGCCAGCCUGGACGACUUCACGCCCAGCGGUGAAUGGGACAUCAUCGCCCUGCCAGGGAGGAGGAACGAGAACCCCGAGGACUCCACUUAUGUGGAUAUCACCUAUGACUUCAUAAUCCGCCGCAAGCCGCUCUUCUACACCAUCAACCUCAUCAUCCCCUGCAUCCUCAUCACCUCGCUGGCCAUCCUGGUCUUCUACCUGCCCUCGGACUGUGGUGAGAAGAUGACGCUGUGCAUAUCCGUGCUGCUAGCGCUCACCGUCUUCUUACUGCUUAUAUCUAAGAUUGUGCCCCCCACAUCCCUCGACGUCCCACUGGUUGGCAAGUACCUGAUGUUCACUAUGGUCCUGGUGACGUUUUCCAUCGUCACCAGCGUCUGUGUCCUCAAUGUCCAUCACCGCUCCCCUACCACACACACCAUGCCGCCGUGGGUGAAGGUGGUCUUCCUGGACAAGCUGCCCACCCUACUCUUCAUGAAGCAGCCAAGGCAGAACUGUGCUCGGCAACGCUUGCGCCAGCAGAGGCAGAGUCAGGAGAGGGCGACGGGGAACUUCUUUUUGCGAGACACCGCCAAAUCGUGCACCUGCUAUGUCAACCAAGCCACAGUGAAAAAAUAUGGUGGCGGGCAGCUUCCAGAAUUACCUGAGGGGGUUAAUGGCUUCCGGGACAGAACGGGGAAGGUCCGACAGUGUCUCUGCGGUCUGGAGGAGGCGGUGGACGGAGUGCGCUUUAUCGCAGACCACAUGAAGAGCGAGGACGACGAUCAGAGUGUGAGUGAGGACUGGAAGUACGUGGCCAUGGUGAUCGAUCGGCUCUUCCUCUGGGUCUUCGUGUUCGUCUGUGUCUUCGGGACAAUCGGCAUGUUCCUGCAGCCGCUCUUCCAGAACUACACGACCAACACAUUACUGCAGCUCAACCACGCGGCGCCCGCCUCCAACUGAGCGCGCAGGAGGGCGCAGCCGCCUGAACAGGGAGAUGACUUUUAUUUAUUUGGAGAAAACUGCUGACUGAUGCUCUUCCAGCCAAAACCACGUGAGCUAACCCUUUACUGGACGGGGGCGAAGCGUCUCCUCCACCACAUUCUAUUAUAUUCUAGGCCAAGGACGAACCCUUCACUGAGCAGAGAUCCCAGCACAAUCCGGGGGGGGGGGGGGGGGGGGGGGGGGGGAGGGCGUCUAAUGGGGACUUCACUUCUUAUUCCAAGCAAUAAACACA